UGAGCAGAUUACUAAUGUGUCCUUGGUUUGUUUUAAGAAUGGAGACAAUCAUGCUUUACUGCAGUGAUCAUCACAAGGAUUGUUUAGAAGUGUCUGAGAAAGAGGAAUAAUAGACACAUUACGUUCACAUACAUUACAAACCUCCUGUGGAAGUCAGGUUUUGUCCUCACUCAUCAUCGCAUUCCAAAGAAAGUCAAAGUUACGAAAAGGAGGUAAAUAAGUGUACAAUUAUCAUCCGAAAGGGCCUUGGAGAGCCAACAAGAGCAUUCAUUCGGUGGGAACAAUAACAUUUAGUUAUAGGCAACAAAUAGAUGCAGACCACAACACCAAAGUCCAUGGUGCUGUGUGUUUCCUCUUGUGACGUCGUUUUUUGUGGUUAACAAGAGUUUAGCCUUGCCAAUGCCAUAAGAAAGGGUGGUUCCAUUUGCUGCUCUGCACAUCCAUGAUCCACACCACCACCGACGGAUUCGAACCUUCAACUUGAACGUGAAAUACACAGAGAGAUAGAAAAGAGAGAAAGGGUUGAUGAUACCACGGCGAUGAUGAGAGCACGGCACGCUAAAACCCUGCUGCACUUGGCUUGCGACGAGUUACCGACUGUUUGUAAAGGGAGAAAUUAUAACAAAAGUCCUUAUAAAGCAGCAGCUAGGAGCAGAUUCAUGCUGGCACAUAUCGGAUAUAUGCACAUUCAGGUUACGUGUAUUUAGAAGCAUCGGGAUUUUAUAACCAAACCACUCACUUCUCUCUCUCUCUGUUACCAAAUCCAAGUUCAACCGACUUGUCUCGUGUGUAGUAGUAUUCCUUUAAUGAUGAGAGAAUCCUAUCCCCACAGUUUUGAUCCUCACACUUGCCUGCUUCGCCGUGCUUUCAUUUGUUAUAUCACAUUAUUCAAUAACCAACACAACAUAACAUCCAGCAAACUAAUGCAAAGUUUUUAUUCGACUUUGAGAUGAGAGGAGUGUGUGCUGCUUUGAUAUCAUCAUAGACUGUUUGUAAUAAGACUUUUCUUCACUACCAUCAUCAUUAUUUUACCGACCGACCGACUACAAUUAACAUUACAAUGUCAUUUAACACCACCAGCAACACACUCCGAUUCUUUCAAAAUUCGGCUUUUACCCUCCACCGGACUAUUACGUAUGGAUAACCGCAAAUCAGUGUGCAAGUGGAGUGCAAGUACUAGUUAUUCGUUCUUUUAUAAUGUAGUUGGCUAACCAAAAACUUUUUAAUGCUGUAAAAAAAGCCCAACUUUAACAUGUACUCGGAACAAGUUUUAAUAAAACAAACCAAAUACGACUAAAAUCUCAUUACAUUAAAGAAACUGACGAAAUGACUUCAAAUCUGAAGGAGAAGUCAACCAAAAUUAUAUUACCAAAGUUGUCUACCGUGUUACUCAUUCGCAUCUUCUCAUCCAAAAAUUCAUCCAUCAAAAUGAAAGUGAUGUGACUGGAAUCAUACUUUGGAAAUAAAAUGUAUCAGAAAUUAGCAUACAAUUACACAUCAAAGUAAGCGUGCCAGAGUGGAUUACUUAUUGUCAUUUUUAACCAGUGCCAUUGUACAAGUUGACGAAAAAUUAAGGAGAGUGUAGCGAGUAUCCUUGAAUAACCUUGACCGUGACCUUCCGAUUUCUCGCAACGUGAGCAUACAGGAGUUUACAGCAUACAUGCAGCAACAACACUUACCAAAGUACAAAGUAAAUGUGAAGAGAGGUGAUCACCACGUCAAUGAUAACGGAGACAUAGAAGAGUUAAUCCUUUAAGAAAUUAAUACAAGAGAAAGUACAACCGAUGCAACAGAAUUAUAAGCUUGGUCAACGCAACUAUAAACCUCUAUAUAAUCGAUGCAGUGCAAUUGGAAAUAUCAAUAUCCACUCUCAACAAACGUCUCUAUUUAACUCCAAUUUUACCGACAAUUUAAGAUUAAUGGAGUAAUUAAGAAAACAAACACUUGAAUAUAAAUGGAACACUGCAUUAUUCAGUCGAAUAGUGCAAUCGCUAUUUGAGAAAUGAAUUGCUGAGAAUUAAAAAAAUCUCGUGCAAACUUUCUGUGAUGUUUUGUGGAGGCUAUUAAAUUAAUAAAUACAUAAUAGUAAUAACUUGAGUAUACAUAUAGUUUACGCAUAAAAUAUUCAGUGUGAUACACGAGUAAAAGAUCUGUGACAAAUUGAGAAGUAUAUUAAUUCGCCAAGUGAUGUGAUUCUACAUAAUACUGGUGAUAAAUUAUAUACUGCAAAACUUGAUGAACAAGCAAUGGUUAUUUAUUACUGACUAAUUUCUUUUAAACAAGUAAUUACAAAUCUCUGGAAAUGGUCUGCACUACUGUGAACGUUGUUAUUAUGACUUAAUUCUUCUUACUGCAACGCAUUUGUUGACAUUUCGCAUUUGUUUGCAUGAUUCAUUCAUGUGAUGUGAUCUACAAAGAGUUUGGACGAACAGUGCACACGAGCAGCAGGGGCAACUCGAAGGAUGGAAGAGAGCAUUGAAGCCGAGUGUGACGAGGAGAUUGCGAGGAUAUCGUCACAAGGAGAGGGAGGUGACCAGGGCGAUAGUGCUCACGGGGUGGGUGGGAGACAUGACCCUCCUCGACCCAUGUCCUGGGAUGGCGAACUCUCCGACAACGAUGAUGCCAUCAUUAUUGAAGAGGACGUGGAUACCGCGCACAUAGACGACGACGACGACGACGAAGAUAACGACGUGGAGUUUUCCUCUCCGAAACCCUCAAGUGCCUUGGACUCGACCUCCUCCUCUACUACAACUAGUAGUAAUAACGUUAAUAAUAACAAUAGCAAUUGUCCUUAUUCCGGGUCAGAAGAGCCGACGACAUUGUCCUCGAAUAAUGCCAAUACUCCUCCCAACACUUCUCCACCACCAUCUCAAUAUCAAAAUCAUAACAAUAACCACUCUGACGACUCUUCUCGACUUUCUCCUCCUCCUCAUCCACAUCCUCCUGCAAAGUCAUCCUUGUUGUUGUGCCCUUCUUCAGACCAACAUAAUGCCAACAAUUCUGGAGUCGGAGGAGUGGUGCAUGUAGCCAAAAACAAUGUCAAACCAUGUCCCCACGGCUUAAAUUCAUCCGAAGACAACAGUCCUUGUGCCCCACCGCUUCCGGCGUCUUUACCUCCGAAUAAGUGUACGAAUAAUAUUAGUAAUGGUACAACUACAAACUCUGUGAAUGGAAACACACAUGUUCAUGGUUUGACGUCCUCAGUUCUGUGUGAACAUAAUAGUGCUCCAAACAACAACAAUGCUUUAAUUACCAACAAUAACAACAACUUACAACAUAGAGCUGGAAACCAAAGCCAAGUUCAUCAGCACCACCAGCAACAGCACGGUCACCACCACCCACACUCUCUCAACAAUGCAGUGAACCAUUCAUUGAAUGGGUUGAACGGAUUGGGAACUGGAAACAGUAAUUCCAGUAGUGCUAUAAACGGCAGUAGUGGAUUUGUGCAAAAUAACUCGUCGUUCAAUUGUCCACAAACUAAUCUGGGCAGUUGUCAACCUGCAACAAUGAUCUUACAGCAGCAUUCGCAACCACCGAUGAAUCUUUCCUUCCCGAAAAUCCCUCCGUCCCCGGACUCUGCCUUGGGAGGCUGGUCAACCCCGUCGUCUAAUUUAUCUCGCCAUAACUCAGACGCUUCACAGCGAAGCUUUUCUUCCUCAUCAAACAACACAACCCCACCUUGCAUAGAGAAUUAUUCGCCGUCCAACUCCCCACUACUGUCUCAUAAUCGUGUAGUUAAUAAAGUGGAGGAUUUUGAUGGUGAUCAACAGGAUUCUGUGCUGUUGUCCUCAAAUCUCACAUCUCAAGGGAUUUCUAGGUCGCAACUAAUCAACAGUCCAUGUCCCAUUUGUGGAGAUAGAAUCUCAGGAUUCCAUUAUGGGAUCUUCUCCUGUGAAUCUUGUAAGGGUUUCUUCAAGAGAACCGUACAGAACAGGAAAAAUUACGUGUGCCUUAGAGGAGCUUCGUGCCAUGUAACCAUCGCUACCAGGAAAAAAUGCCCUGCAUGUCGUUUUGACAAAUGCUUGAAGCAGGGAAUGAGAUUAGAAGCAAUUCGAGAAGACAGAACCAGAGGCGGUAGAAGCACAUACGCUUGCAGUUACACCCUUCCUCCAACCUCAGCCACGCCUUCCCUUUCCGAAAAUGUACAACAAAAUGCACCAACAUGGGAAAUCCCAGAUCUUCUCAAGGAAAUUGUGGAGUGCGAGUCAUUAUGGCACUUAUCCGCUGAUGGUGAUCAGGAGAGCGACUUGACAAAAGCAUCUCCUCAUCAUCAUGGACCCAACGCCAACAAUGCAGAUUACUUACAGGAAUUAUGUGCUGCUGCUGAUCGGAGGCUAUAUCGACUGGUGAAAUGGUGCAAAUCUCUUCCCCUCUUCAAGAACAUUCAAGUGGAUGAUCAAACCAAACUGCUCUUAAACUCUUGGUGUGAGCUGCUUCUCUUCUCAUGUUGCUAUCGAUCAAUCCCCAUGCCGGCUGGAAGUAUUCGAAUUAAUGAAAGACUAAGUCUCAAAGAAAAUGAUGCUCAUGGAAAUCAAUGCAUAACGCGAAUGAUUCAUUUCACGGAAAACUUACGACGACUCCGCCUUGACACGGUAGAAUACGCAGCACUUAAAGUCAUCAUCCUCAUGUCAUCCGAGGUUGAUGAAUUGCACGAGGGAGACCGUGUUCGAGAAUCUCAGGAGCGACUAUUGCAAUGUCUCCAAGCAUACACACUGGCACGUUGUCCAGAGUCUCCGUCCAAAUUUGGAGAGUUGCUUUUGAAAAUUCCUGAAUUACAACGAAUCUGCCAAGUUGGGAAAGAAAUGCUCACAGCUAAGACGGAAGGAUCGAAUGGUUUCAACUUGCUGUUCGAAUUACUUAGAGGCGACCAUUAAUUUAGAAACUAUUUAUAUUCAAUUUUUUAAUCAGCUCUGAUGAUGAGCUCACAUGUAUUUAUCACUUGUUUGUUAUUUGUUGUUUUUACUGAAAUUUCAUGGUGCACAAACUCCCAGUGCAUAAUUUUAACAAGGAAACAAAAUAAAAUUUUAACAAUGUUUGAAAUGAUUA